AUGAAACUUUUGAAACAAACUUUUGAGAAGGAUAAGAGUGGAUCAACUGUGUUGAUACCACAGGAUCGUGAAGAUUUAUGGCAACUUUAUAAUCUUAUUCAAAAGGGAGAUGAUGUGAAGUUAUCAACUCAUAGAAAUGUUAAAAAGACUACUGGUGGAUCAGGAGCUGCCCCAUCUAGUGGGAAGGAUAAGGGUAAAACUGAAAGGAAACCACUUACAUUGAAGAUCAAUGUUGAGAAUAUUGAUUACACACCAUCUGAUGAAGUUCUUAGAAUUAGAGGUAAGACUGUAGAACCAAAUGAAUAUGUUCCAAUGCAGAGUUAUCAUACUGCAGAAAUUCAAUUAAGUAAGCAAUUCACGCUCUAUAAGCCAGAUUGGGAUGAGAUCAGUUAUGGAAUCAUCGUUAAGGCAUGUUCUAUCGAGGAGAAGGCAGAGAUAGGUGCCGUUGUAUUGGAAGAAGGAGUUGCACACAUCUGUCUUAUUACUGAUAAUAUGACAGUAUUAAGAAAUAAAAUUGAAAAAUCAAUCCCCAAGAAAAGAAGAGGCGAAGGUGGUGGAGGUAAUCAUGAUAAGGCAUUGGAAAAAUUCUAUGAUAUGACUCUGAGUACAAUGUUAAGAAAUUUUGAUUUAACUAGAUUGAAGGCAAUUAUCUUAGCUUCACCAGGAUUCACAGCAAAUGCCUUGUACAAACAUGUGCUAACCCAAGCCACUAGGGAUGACAACAAGGUUGUAUUCCAGAACAAAUCAAAAUUCAUUGUAGUUCAUUCAUCGACUGGAUAUUUACAAGGACUUGAAGAAGCAUUGAAAGAUCCAUCUAUUCAAAGUCAAUUAAGAGAUACUCAAUUUGCUCAGGAGGCACUUAUUUUCGAAGAAUUCCAACAUGUUUUAAACGCAGAUGACGAUAAAGCAUGGUAUGGACCUACCGAGGCAGCCAAGGCAGUUGAACUUGGAGCAGUUAAGUAUUUGAUGAUUACCGAUACUCUUUUCAGAAGUGAUGAUAUAUCAGUACGAAAACAUUAUAUCAAGAUGAGUGAAGAUGUGAAACAAAAUGGAGGACAAGUAUUAAUAUUUUCUAGUUUACAUGAAUCAGGAGAGCAAUUAAACCAAUUAACUGGUGUUGCAGUAUUAUUAAACUAUCCAGUGGCAGAUUUGGAUGAAGAUGAAGAUGAUGAUGAUGAGUAG